AAAAAAAAAAAAAAAGGUCAGAGGGAGGGAUGAAGGGAGAGAAAAGAAGAUGUGUAAACGUUCCUCAAGAGAUUGUACAAGAAAUUUUGGUGAAGCUUCCGGUGAAAUCGCUGGCGAGAUUCAAAGCCGUAUCGAGAGAAUGGGGAGGAACCAUAGAAUCAAAGUAUUUCAUAGAGAAACACAAUCGGUAUCAGAAAUCUUUACAAGUAGGACAAGUGAGAAUCGUUUCAUUCUCAAAAGAAAAAAGAUACAAUGGUCUCGCUUUAAAAAAUAUGUUGGUUUCUGCAAGUGGAAUCAUACAUGUUUCUCCAUGUCUACCCAUUAGGGCUUUUAACCGGUUUGAUGGUUACAAAAUCUCUGAGCCUUGCGACGGUUUGAUUUGUCUCUAUACCUAUUCACGUAUAUUUAACCUUGUCAAUCCUGCCACCACUAGCCGCCGCAGAAUCCCUGAUCCAACCCCUCCUUAUUCUUUUAGCGGUAGGCAUGAGGUUUAUACUUUGCUAGGGAUCGGAAGAUCGAAUAGUGUGAGUCCAAGGUAUAAGAUAGUGUGGUUUUUCGAGUGUGAUAUCAAACGGGUGAAUAAAUCUACUAGGUGCAUGGUUUUUGCUCUUGACUCCAACACUUGGAGAUACGUAGAUCCACCUCAUUGUCGAGUUUACUAUCGUCAUUCUCUCAUACACUUGGAUGGAGUGAUGUAUUGCUUUGCCGACUACAUGGAAGAGCCAAGACUCUUUGAACAGGAUGUCAAACUACUAGCUUUUGAUCUUCACACAGAGACGUUUCGGAGCAUUUCAAUUACUCCGGAUAUCGGGUGUAAAUGCUGCCAUGAAUUAAGCAUGUGUGUUCUUAACUAUCGUAUAUGCAUCUUCAAGAGCUUUGUUGAUGAUCAGGACUGUUUUUUCAAGAUUUGGGGUCUAGACAUAGACAAGAGAUCAUGGGAAACCAUGUAUUCCAUAGAUUUGUCUUGUUUUCCGCCAGAAUUCAAAGUAGGGAAAAGAAUCAUCCCGAUGGCAACGAUCAACGAUUAUGUCAUCAUUUCAAGUUUUGAUCGUACCAUCUGGGUCCUCUACAGUUCCAAAAGCUGCAUCUUGUAUCACACGCCUUUUGCUUGUCACUUGGUCAUGUCUUAUUUUGAGACUCUAGUCUCCACUUACCAAUAAUUAUUAUGUUACUUACAGAAAAAUUUAAGGCCUGGACUUCCUACUCCCAUCUUGAGUAUUUCAUCGACAAACAUGUUGUUAGCUUUGGCUUAUCCCAUCUCAAGCAAGUUUGGUAAUCUUCUGGACCAUGGAGAUUUCAUACCUAGCUGGUUUCGUUUUCUCAUGAUUGUGGUUUCUCGUUUCGAUCUUUUCUUACUAUAUAGUUGAUUUCUUACCUUUGAUUCUUUGUAAAUAAACAUCUCAUCUUACGUCGGAUAUAAAAUUAUUUCAAAGGCAUUAUGUCAGUGACUCAAAAGUUUAUUACCAAAUUUGAUAUAGGAAACUCAGUCCGCAUUUGUGUCUGGAAAAUUAAUCUCUGAUAAUAUUUUUAUUGCUCUGGAGAUGUUUCACGGAUUCCGUACAAACAAUUCAUGCAAGCAUAAUUUUUUGGCAAUUAAGAGAGAUAUGAGUAAGGCUUAUGAUAGAGUCGAGUGGUCUUUUGUCAAGCGAUUACUUUUGAAGGUUUAUUUAUCGACUGGGUGACCCUGAUGAUGCAAUGUAUUUCUUCAAUUAAUUAUAAGGUCCUUUUACAUGGACAACCAAAAGGGCAUAUUGUUUUAGAGAGAG